AUGAUUCUCCUGUUGUCCACUAAAUUUGUUUUGAAAUUGGUUUUAUGGCCGAGCUUUUUAGGCGGAAAUUUGGGCGUGGCUGGCGACCUUCAAAGAGGGGCUACCAUUCACAAGGCAUAUGUUGUUCAUUUUACGGGUGGAAGAGCGUUGGUCCCGGUUAUUGCAACUUAUGUUCUACAACUCAUCUUGAAGAAUUUUGCCAUGAGAACAACAUAA